GUUGAAGAGCGAUGGAGGCCCGCACUGUCGGCAUUGUUUGUAGCAGCUUUGUCAUCUUUCAGGUUCUUUUCCAUUUUGUAAGUUACUGGUUCUCAGCAAAAGUUUCUUCAGGUUAUAUUUGUCUUAGCGUCGAAAAGAAGAUUGAAUGGAACUCAAGGGUAGUAUCUACAUGCCACUCUUUGCUGGUUGGGAUUUUUGGCUUAUACCUCUUCUUCUUUGAUGAGGCUACUAUAGCUGAUCCACUCUGGGGUGAUCCAACACUUGUGAAAGUGAAUGUUGGAGUUUCUGCAGGCUACCUCAUUUCUGAUUUAUUGCUUAUACUUACAAAUUGGAAAGUGAUUGGUGACAAGUUUUUUAUAAUUCACCAUUGCUCGGCGAUAGCUGCAUACUACUUUGUGCUGCAAAAUGGAGUGGCCGGGUACAUUGCCAAUUUCCGCCUGCUUGCUGAGCUUUCCAGCCCCUUUGUGAACCAGAGGUGGUUCUUUGAAGCCCUGAAGUACCCCAAAUUUUCCAAAGCCAAUGUCAUCAAUGGAGUUCUCAUGACAGUGGUCUUUUUUAUUGUGCGGAUCCUUGCAAUACCUCCGAUGUAUUUCUACAUGUACUCCGUGUACGGAACAGAACCCUACAUAAGGCUUGGCUUUCCAGUCCAGUUUGCUUGGAUCACUUCCUGCUCUGCUUUGGAUGUGAUGAACGUCAUGUGGAUGAUCAAAAUCACGAGAGGAUGCGUCAAAGUCCUCUCUCUCAUCAGACAGGAGAAAGCCAGAAACAGCCUUCAGAACGGAAAGCUCAAUUAAAGGCGUGCUCACCACAGACCUUUGUUUCCAUAAGCCAUCUUCAUUCCUCCCUGCGUCGCACCUCCCAAUAGAUGAGCUCCUGGCAUGCUCCUAUGCUGCUCCGUUAGUAAUGAUUGGUAUUCAGGGUUUUGGUGUUUUUCUCCUUCUUUUCGUUAAUCUUUAGAAAAGAGAAAAUAAAAUUUACUUUUCACUACAUGAUUUCUCCUUCCCUUCAGCAUUUUAAGCAUGGAUAGAAAUGGCAAGGUUUAGCAGGGCAUGGUGGCACACACCUUUAAUCCCAGUACUCGGGAGGCAGAGGCAGGUGGAUUAUUGUGAGUUCGAGGCCAGCCUGGUCUACAAAGCGAAUCCAGGACAGCCAAGGCUACACAGAGAGACC